CACAUGAUGCUGGAGCUCGUGAUUCAGUCGCAGCUCAGCUCAGUCAUGAAAGACUUUCUCUCUUCUGUUCUGUUUUCCUUCUUUUUCUCCAGCCGAGCUCCAUCAUGGCCUCUCCGCGCCUCGAGACCUUCUGCUGCCCGAACCGGGAUCCCGCCACCGCGUUCAUCAUCGGUUUCCAGCCGCGGCUGUUCAGCGGGAUGUGCGCGUGCAGCGCCGCUCUGAGCCUCUUAUUCACCGGCGUCCAGAUUCUGCCCAAACGGAGGCCGUUCAGACACUGUCCGCAGCCCAAACCGGCCUCUUCACUCCGGAUCCUCUUCAUCAUCAGCGUCUGCGACCUGCUGGGAUGCGCAGGAGUCGUGGUCCGCUCGUCCGUCUGGCUGGGUUUGCCGGAUCUGGUCAGCAGGAUCUCAGACGGGAACAGCAGUGACGUCUGGCCGCAGGCGUUCUGUGUCGGCAGCGCGAUGUGGAUUCAGCUGUUCUUCAGCGCCUCCUUCUGGUGGACGUUCUGUUACGCGGUGGACGUCUUCCUGGUGGUGAAGCGCUCGGCGGGCAUCAGUACGAUCGUCCUGUAUCACAUGAUCACUUGGGGUCUGACCCUGCUGCUGUGUGUGGAGGGAGUCGCCAUGCUUUACUACCCCUCCAUAUCCAGCUGUGAGAACGGCCUGCAGCACGCCAUUCCUCACUACGUCACCACGUACGCACCCAUGCUGCUGGUGCUCCUCGUCAAUCCGGUGCUGUUCACACGGACCGUAUCUGCCGUGACGUCGCUGCUAAAGGGUCAGCAGGGAAUCUACACCGAGAACGAGAGACGACUCGGAUCUGAGAUCAAAAUACGCUUCUUUAAGAUCAUGCUGGUGUUCGUCAUUUGCUGGCUGCCCAACAUCAUCAACGAGAGUCUGCUGUUUUAUCUGGAGAUGCAGGACGAUGUUAAAGCCAGCGAUCUGAAGAACGUCCGUAACGCCGCGCUCAUCACGUGGUUCAUAAUGGGAAUCCUGAACCCCAUGCAGGGUUUUCUCAACACGCUGGCGUUCCACGGCUGGACGGGUUUGCGCGUGGACUUCAGCCGGCAGAGACGCCGCGAGCUGCCCUGGGAUUCGGCCUCCACGUCGCUGGCGGUCGCAGGCGGAUACGCACCCGUCGCUGGAUCGGCGCUGCUCUACCAGAGCCACGUGCAGGAGAUCAAGAAGAACCUGAGCGCCAACGGACAGCAGCAGCACUCGGACGCCAUCAGCGUCCUGUCUGAAGAUUCAGAGUCUAGUACAGUAGAAAUCCACAUAUCCAGUGAGCAGCGACAGUUGGAGGACGUGAAGCCAAACGGAGCGUCACUGGAGAUUUCUAUGGGCUGAACGUCCCGCCGGCCUCAAACACACUCUCUCAUACACUACAGCUUCUGAUUCACAAAGAAAAAACAAGUCUUCAUGCAUUUGUACAAUCAACCCAUCUGAAUGAAUCUCUAAAUGAUCAGUUGUGUCUCUGGCCUGUUUGUGCUGUUGAUGGUUUCUUGAACACUCCACAUAAUUCAGUAUGAAACUUUGAAUCUUUCAGUGUCAACAUAGAAUUGAAACGUCCUUCAUCAAAGGAUUACACUGUAACAAUACAGUAUUAAACAGCACAAAGGUUGUGUAGAAAUAGCUGUUGUUGCUUGUUUUGCUCAUUUUGUACUUUACUAAAUUAUACUUAUUAAACUCUUCAUUAUAUGCUCUUAUUAAACGUGAAGUGUCAUUUUUUUGAUGUCACUGGUAGUUUUCAGUCUUAAAUAGUUUGAAGUUUAAAGUAGUUUUAAAAGGUUAAA